GAAAUAGCAUUGGCCCUCCCAGGUCUCCAGCUUACCGAGAGCAGCUCUUGGGACUCUUCAUCUUCCAUGACCGUAUCUAGGUUGGAAUUUGCCCUUCACAAAUAACAAAAUGAUGAGUGAUGCAAGUGACAUGUUGGCUGCGGCGUUGGAGCAGAUGGAUGGUAUUAUAGCAGGUUCUAAGGCCCUGGAAUAUUCCAAUGGGAUUUUUGAUUGCCAGUCCCCCACCUCCCCGUUCAUGGGAAGCUUGCGAGCCCUGCACCUGGUGGAAGACCUGCGUGGACUGUUAGAGAUGAUGGAAACAGAUGAGAAGGAAGGCCUGCGAUGUCAGAUCCCAGAUUCAACCGCAGAAACGCUCAUCGAAUGGCUUCAGAGUCAAAUGACAAAUGGACACCUACCCGGGAACGGAGAUGUGUACCAAGAAAGGCUAGCGCGGUUGGAAAAUGAUAAAGAAUCCCUCGUCCUUCAGGUAAGUGUGUUGACAGACCAGGUGGAGGCGCAGGGAGAGAAGAUUCGAGAUUUGGAGUUUUGUCUUGAAGAGCACAGAGAGAAGUUGAACGCCACAGAGGAAAUGCUGCAGCAGGAGCUUCUGAGUAGGACAUCCUUGGAAACUCAGAAGUUGGAUCUGAUGGCUGAGAUAUCUAACUUGAAGUUAAAACUGACGGCUGUCGAGAAAGACAGAUUGGAUUAUGAAGAUAGGUUCAGAGACACAGAGGGGCUGAUGCAGGAGAUCAAUGACUUGAGGUUGAGAAUCAGUGAAAUGGACAGUGAAAGGCUUCAGUACGAAAAAAAGCUGAAAUCAACCAAAGAUGAACUGGCAUCUUUAAAAGAACAACUGGAAGAGAAAGAAUCUGAAGUGAAACGGCUACAAGAAAAAUUGUUUUGCAAGAUGAAAGGAGAAGGGAUAGAAAUUUUUGACCGAGAUGAAAAUUUUAAAAAGAAGCUCAAAGACAAAAAUAUUGAAGUACAAAAAAUGAAAAAGGCUGUGGAGUCUUUGAUGGCAGCAAAUGAAGAAAAGGAUCGGAAAAUAGAAGAUCUUCGACAAUGCCUGAACAGGUACAAGAAAAUGCAAGAUAUGGUGUUACUGGCCCAAGGUAAAAAAGGCCAAGAGGGUGACUAUGACGACCUGCCCACUUCCGGUUCCAUCUCCACUUUGCUGGAUGUACAGGGUUUUGGGGAACUGGAGAAAGGUCUGUCAUCCACGCCAGUGAUGGGGUCUCCCAGUCGUGACCCACUGAACACAAGUGUUCCGGAAGAGUUCCACACCAGCAUCUUGCAGGUGUCAAUCCCUUCAUUAUUACCAGCAGCUAAAGGCUUGGAAACACCUGAGAAAGCAAAAUUGCCUCCUAAGUCCGAGACUUCAUUUGAGAAGUAUGUCAUUAAUAAACAGUGGCACCAGAGCCACUUAUUAUUAACCCUAAUUAUUAUUAUUGUUAUUUUUAGAACUUCAAGUCUGCAGAAGUCUAACAGCCUGGGCAAUCUGAAGAAAGAGUCAUCAGAUGGGGAAAAGGAGUCUCUUCAGAAGCCUCCAGAGGAUAAAGCUUCGGUAGAAAGCAGCCCGUUUGGGACCCUCCCUCCCAAAGCCCCAGGGCACGAUGCCUGCUUGGAUGACAACCCCUUUGGCACCCGAAAAGGCAGAUCUUCCUUUGGUCGUGGCUUCUUUAAAAUAAAAAGUAAUAAGAGGACAGCAAGUGCGCCGAACUUGGAUCGUACACGAAGUGCCAGUGCACCCACCUUAGCUGAAACAGAAAAGGAGACAGCCGAGCACCUAGACCUGGCUGGUGUAUCUCCUCGGCCAAAAGGUUCACAGGGGAGCGGCCCCUUCCAGAUGUCCCCAUCAUCUCCAGAUUCCAAAAAGAAAUCCCGAGGUAUCAUGAAACUCUUUGGAAAACUUAGGAGAAGUCAGUCAACUACAUUCAACCCAGAUGACAUGUCUGAAACUGAAUUCAAACGAGGAGGGACGAGGGCAACUGCUGGGCCCCGAUUGGGUUGGUCUCGAGAUUUGGGACAAUCUAAUAGUGACUUGGAUAUGCCAUUUGCCAAAUGGACCAAGGAGCAGGUUUGCAAUUGGCUUGUGGAACAGGGCUUGGGGUCCUACCUGAAUUCUGGCAAGCACUGGAUUGCAUCUGGCCAAACACUUUUGCAGGCUUCUCAACAAGAUCUAGAGAAGGAACUUGGAAUCAAGCAUUCACUUCAUCGAAAGAAACUCCAGCUGGCAUUGCAAGCUCUGGGAUCUGAAGAGGAAACCAAUCACGGAAAACUGGAUUUCAACUGGGUCACUAGAUGGUUGGAUGACAUUGGUCUCCCCCAGUACAAGACCCAGUUUGAUGAAGGCCGGGUAGAUGGUCGAAUGCUCCAUUACAUGACUAUCGAUGACUUGCUGUCUUUGAAGGUCGUGAGUGUGCUGCACCAUCUCAGCAUCAAAAGGGCCAUCCAGGUCCUGAGGAUCAACAACUUUGAACCCAACUGUCUACGGAGGCGGCCGUCUGAUGAGAAUAGCAUCACCCCAUCAGAGGUGCAGCAGUGGACCAACCACCGGGUGAUGGAGUGGCUGCGUUCCGCGGACUUGGCAGAAUAUGCCCCCAAUCUCAGAGGCAGUGGUGUCCAUGGUGGACUCAUGGUUCUAGAACCCCGUUUUAAUGUAGAGACAAUGGCUCAGCUGCUGAACAUCCCGCCGAGUAAGACCCUGUUGAGAAGACAUCUGGCCACUCAUUUCAACCUUUUGAUUGGUGUUGAGGCCCAACACCAGAAGCGUGAUGCCAUGGAGUUACCAGAUUAUGUACUUUUAACAGCCACUGCCAAAGUGAAGCCAAGGAAGCUCACCUUCAGCAAUUUUGGGAAUCUGAGAAAGAAGAAACAGGAAGACGGGGAAGAAUAUGUUUGUCCAAUGGAACUGGGACAGGCCUCAGGAAGUGUGUCUAAGAAAGGACCUAAAGCUGGCCUGGAGAUGCGCCUGUAUGACGAGGAUGAUUUGGACCGGUUAGAGCAGAUGGAGGAUUCCGAAGGGACAGUGAGGCAGAUAGGUGCAUUCUCUGAAGGCAUCAACAACCUCACGCACAUGCUAAAGGAAGAUGACAUGUUUAAAGAUUUCGCUGCCCGGUCCCCCAGCACCAGCAUUACUGACGAAGACUCAAACGUUUGAUAGUAGCACCUGGACGAGCAUGAGGAGCCCUUGUUCCCUUUCCACUUUAUUUCUACACUCCCAGUAUAUCCAGCAAGUAGCGGGUUGUAUAUUGUUUAUCAAUCAACUUCUGCUCAUUUAGAAGUGGAAAUGGAAAGCCGGGGAUCUGUGCCUAUUUUAAAGCUGCCGCGGAAAGUGAGACACUGGUGAAUGAGAGUAUAAUUGUUUUUCCUCUAUUUAAUGUAAAAAUCUGUGAUAUAUUAUAUUUAAAAUGUUGCAUUUACUAUGAGAGGACUUUACCAUAGUGUUUCCGGUCAUGUUCACAGUAUGGAGGACUUGGGAGAGCGGGAACUCACAGGUGGCUGAUUCUGUCAGGUCGGUGUAGCCACUGAAGCAGAACCCGUGCUUUUAAAAUCAGGAUGUGGAAUCUCUCUAAGAUCCAGCCCACUAAAUGCCAGCCACACCUCCACUUGCCCCCUAGUGUCCUAUUUUUAUAUAUUUUUCUAAAUAUAUGUAUAUAUUUAGUACACAGAACAUAGAACUUUUAUUUUGUGACAUACCUAAGGAAGAUGGUAAAAAAAAAUAAAAUAUCACAUUGAAAAAAAUACGGCGAUCAAAUUUUUCACGUGCCAGCUGGUUCUUGGACAGGUCAGGAUAAUCUUUCUUUCUCCACAACCGCAUUUUAAUGAUUUUGAUCACUCGGACUAAAUUAGUGUAUGUGAAAUAACUCUCCUUCGAUGACACAUGACAAAAUUGUUGGUUUUUUAAGAAUUUCGGCCUUUAAUCUUGGAUUCUUUUAAACUCAUAAGGAAGAACUUGAGGGACAUGUACAUUCUAUUAACUUGAACGCAUUCAGAAGCUGCCCCAAAUUUUGUAGAAAUGAUUUCUGAAGAAACAAAAACAAAAACCUUUACAGUAUUAAGCUUCUUAUUUUCCUCUUUGCUGAAUAGACCAUUGUCUCAAAAUACCAGCAGCCUGAUUAAUGUACAUUUCUCAGACUAGCCAUGAAUGGAAGGAAUCCUUUU